AUGUUUGACCAGUCACAGAUUCAGAAGUUCGAAGAGGCCUUCAACGUGAUUGAUCAGAGCAGGGAGGGUUUCACUGACAAGGAAGAUUUGUAUGCUAUGCUUGCCUCCCUGGGGAAAAAUCCAACUGUUGAGCAUCUGGAUGCCAUGAUAAAUGAGGCUGUGGGGCCCAUAAAUUUCACCAUGUUUCUCACUGUGUUUGGUGAAAAGCUAAAUGGCACAGGUCCGGAAGAUGUCCUCAAAAAUGCUUUUGCUUGCUUUGAUGAGGAAGCAGCUGGCACCAUCUGGGGCGAUUACCUGAGAGAGCUGCAGACAUCGGUGGGAGGCCAGGUUACAGGUGGGUGA